AUGGAAGAAUGGAACCCACUUGCAUUGGCAGCCAAAGCCAAUGACCCAGACACUCCCAACUGGGAAGAAGCCAUGAACAGUCCUGAGAAGGAUGGCUUCUGGAAAGCAUGUGAGAAGGAGAUUGACACUCUCAAGUCAAUGAGAGUUUGGGAUGAGGUUCCGCGCAAGUCCUGGAUGAAUGUUCUUCCUGGGACCUGGGCUUUCCGAAUCAAACGCUUUCCAACUGGUCUGGUGCGUAAACUGAAAGCACGCUUCUGUGCUAGAGGUGAUAAGCAAAUUCAUGGAGUAGACUUCUUUGAAACGUAUGCUCCAGUGGUCAACUGGACAACAGUCCGUCUGUUGCUGAUCCUCUCAGUCCAACUGGGGUUAGCUACUAGACAGGUUGACUACACUGCUGCCUUUGUGCAUGCAGACAUUGACAAUCCUCCAGGGUACGAUCUUAUGUCCGAAGAGGAGAAGGCCAGACAAGGAGUCUAUGUUGAGAUGCCAAGGGGUUUUGCAAAGGAUGGCAAGGUCUUACGGCUGAGGAAGAGCCUCUAUGGUCUCAGACAGGCACCGCGCAACUUUUUUAAUUUCCUUAAAAACAACCUAGAAGCAGUUGGAUUCACCCCUGCUACUGAGGUAGACCCCUGUCUGUUCAUUUCGGACAAAGUUAUCUGCCUGGUCUAUGUCGAUGACACCUUACUCUAUGCUCGAAACCAGGAUGACAUUGAUGAAGUUCUGGCGAAAUUGAGAGCUAGAGGAAUGGUGCUGGAAGAGGAGGAUGAUGUCGCUGGGUUCCUAGGGGUGCAGAUCAAGCCAAAUGCUGAAACUGGAGAGAUAACCUUGACUCAGUCUGGCUUGGCUGCUAGAAUCAUUGAUGCAUUGGGAUGUAAGGACAUGCCUGGUGUGGACACCCCUGCGACUGAAACUCUGGGAAAAGAUGAGUUUGGCGAUCCAGCAAAUUGCACCUUUAACUAUGCCAGUGUGAUCGGCAUGUUAUGGUACCUAUAUGGUCACUCCAGGCCAGAUUUAGGUUUUGCUGUCAGCCAAGCUGCCCGGUUUGCUUUCCAACCCAAGAGGAGCCAUGAGCUCGCUCUGAUCCGCAUUGGCCAGUAUUUGGUGAAGACCCAGGAGAAAGGCCUCACAAUGAAGCCAAUUACCCCGGAUUCCUUCAAGAUGGAUGCCUAUGUGGAUGCAGACUUUAUGGGUCUGUAUGGGAAGGAGACAAGGACCGAUCCUGCCAAUGUCAAGAGCAGGACUGGCUUUGUCAUUUGCCUCAAUGACUGUCCAAUAGUCUGGGCGAGCAAACUGCAGCAGAGCAUCGCCCUCAGCACCAUGAUGUCGGAGUACUAUGCCUUAGCCACCUGUAUGAUGGAGGUGAUCCCAUUGCGCAACACAGUGAAAGCUGUCGCCAAAGGGAUGGGCAUUAAUGAGCAUUGCUUGACCUCGUUCAAGACCACUGUCUGGGAAGACAACGUGGGAGCUCUAACUCUGGCAAACCUGGAACCAGGUCAAAGCACUCCUCGCUCAAAGUUCUAUGAUGUGAAGGUGCAUUGGUUCCGCAGUCAUCUCAAGCCUGGUAAGCUCGAGGUGGCGAAAAUCGACACAGCAGACCAGCUCGCUGACAUGUUCACCAAACCCUUAGCGAGAGAAGUCUUCGAACGGCUUCGACUUCGUUUAAUGGGCUGGUAG